AUGGCGUCUGUGUUUCGAAGUGAGGAGAUGUGUUUGUCACAACUGUUUCUCCAGGUGGAAGCUGCUUACUGCUGUGUCGCUGAGCUUGGAGAGCUUGGGUUGGUUCAGUUCAAAGACUUAAACAUGAACGUGAACAGCUUCCAAAGGAAAUUUGUGAAUGAAGUCAGAAGGUGCGAGUCGCUGGAGAGAAUCCUCCGUUUUCUGGAAAAUGAGAUGCAAAAUGAGAUUGUGGCCCAGUUACCUGAGAAGUACCCAGUGACUCCUCUCCCACGGGAAAUGAUUAGCCUGGAGACUGUUCUAGAAAAACUGGAAGGAGAGUUACAGGAAGCCAACCAGAACCAGCAGGCUUUGAAGAAAAGCUUCCUAGAACUGACUGAACUCAAACAUCUCCUGAAGAAGACCCAGGACUUCUUCGAGAAGGAGACCAACUUGGCUGAUGACUUCUUUACUGAAGACACUUCCGGUCUCCUGGAGUUGAGAGCCAUGCCCGCGUACAUGUCUGGAAAGCUGGGGUUCACGACCGGUGUGAUAAACAGGGAGAGGAUGGCUUCCUUUGAGAGGCUGCUGUGGCGAGUUUGCCGAGGAAACAUCUACCUGAAGUUCAGCGAGAUGGACACGGUUUUGGAAGAUCCCGUCACGAAAGAAGAAAUUAAAAAGAAUAUAUUUAUCAUAUUUUAUCAAGGGGAGCAGCUCAGACAGAAAAUCAAGAAGAUCUGCGAUGGGUUUCGAGCCACCAUCUACCCCUGCCCGGAGCCCGCGGCGGAGCGCAGAGAGAUGCUCGCUGGUGUCAACAUGAGGCUGGAAGACUUAAUCACUGUCAUAACGCAAACGGAGUCUCACCGUCAGCGCCUCCUGCAGGAAGCCGCUGCCAGCUGGCACUCCUGGGCCAUCAAGGUGCAGAAGAUGAAGGCCGUCUACCACAUCCUGAACAUGUGCAACAUCGACGUCACCCAGCAGUGCGUCAUCGCUGAGAUCUGGUUCCCAGUGGCUGACGCUGCGCGCAUCAAGCGGACCCUGGAGCAGGGCGCGUACCUCAGUGGCUCCUCCGUGGUCCCCAUCAUGACUACAGUGCAGUCUAAAGCAGACCCUCCCACAUUUAACAGGACCAAUAAAUUCACAGCUGGCUUCCAGAAUAUUGUGGAUGCAUAUGGCGUUGGCAAUUACCGGGAGAUAAACCCAGCUCCCUACACCAUCAUCACGUUCCCGUUCCUGUUUGCCGUGAUGUUCGGAGACUGUGGCCAUGGGACGGUGAUGCUGCUGGCAGCCCUCUGGAUGGUGCUCAAUGAGAGACGCCUGCUGUCCCAGAAGAGCGACAACGAGAUCUGGAACACGUUCUUCCACGGACGCUAUCUGAUACUCCUUAUGGGUAUCUUCUCCAUCUACACCGGCCUGAUCUACAACGACUGCUUCUCCAAGUCUUUCAACAUUUUCGGCUCUUCCUGGAGUGUCCGACCCAUGUUCAGAAAUGGCACGUGGAAUAAGCACACAAUAGAAGAAAAUCCACUUUUGCAGCUGGACCCUGCCAUUCCAGGAGUGUUCUCUGGAAAUCCAUACCCGUUUGGGAUUGAUCCGAUCUGGAACUUGGCUUCAAACAAACUAACUUUCUUGAACUCCUACAAAAUGAAGAUGUCCGUUAUCCUGGGCAUUGUCCAGAUGGUUUUUGGGGUCAUCCUCAGCCUUUUCAAUCACGUAUACUUCAGGAAAAUUCUUAACAUCCUUCUGCAAUUUAUCCCUGAGAUGAUUUUCAUCCUGUGCCUGUUUGGAUACCUGGUUUUCAUGAUCAUCUUCAAGUGGUGCCACUUUGACGUGCAUGCAUCCCAGCACGCCCCCAGCAUCCUCAUCCACUUCAUCAACAUGUUCCUGUUUAACUACAGCGACUCUUCUAACGCCCCCCUGUACAAACACCAGCAAGAAGUCCAGAGUUUCUUUGUCGUUAUGGCUCUGGUUUCUGUGCCGUGGAUGCUUUUGAUCAAGCCAUUUAUUCUUAGAGCCAAUCACCGGAAGUCCCAGCGACAGGCAUCCAUGAUCCAGGAAAAUGCCAUCGAGGACACUGACGGGGAGAACUCCACCCUGUACGUGAGCACUGGUCCAAAGGCAGCUGCAGGCGCCCACGAAUCCCAGGACCAUGAAGAAGAGUUCAACUUUGGAGACGUCUUUGUGCACCAGGCCAUCCACACCAUCGAGUACUGCCUGGGCUGCAUCUCGAACACGGCCUCCUACCUCCGCCUCUGGGCACUCAGCCUGGCCCACGCUCAGCUGUCCGAGGUGCUCUGGACCAUGGUGAUGAGCAUCGGCUUCCGCAUAAAGGGCUGGGGAGGCCUCGUCGGCGUCUUCGUCAUCUUCGCCUGUUUUGCCGUCCUGACGGUCGCCAUCCUCCUCAUCAUGGAGGGCCUCUCGGCGUUCCUGCACGCGCUGCGCCUGCACUGGGUGGAGUUCCAGAACAAGUUCUACACGGGGGCUGGUUACAAGUUCACGCCGUUCUCCUUUAAACACAUCCUGGAGGGGCCUGGUGAGCAGUAGCACAGCCUGGUCUCUGCCAAAGAGAGAAGUUUGCUCUGGUCUUUCAGUCGCCUGGCAAGGUGGCCGGAGGAUGGUUGUUCUUGGCCCACAGGAGGCAGGAAGUGUGUGUUUAUAAUGAGCCCUGGGAUUUGAUGGGACGCAGCCUGCCUCAGAGGAGGACUCGGCCAGUGAUUCAGUCUCACGCGGAACCUUAGUUGUCAAACACAAAGUGAUUGCCGGAUGGGGUGGGGGUUGCUAAACCGGUGUUGUCUUGCGCCAUUUUAAGUAUUAUAUUUAAGAAAAUAAACU